AGUCUAUAGAAACACGACCUGGUUGCUCUCUCUCUAGAAAAACGCCCCCUUUCUCUCCCUAAAACGCCGCCAUGGGCUUCCCAGUGGGAUACACAGAGGUCUUCAUCUUCCCCAACCUCUUUAUCCACACUCUUUCUCUCCUCGGUUUCAUCCGAAACCUCAUUUUCGCUCUCUUCCACUUUCUGGGUCUCUCCGAAUUUCUCGAAACCGACGUUGUUUGGCCGGAGACCCGGUCACACCUGCUGGAAAACCCAUCCUCGUCGGCCCUCCUGAUCCGGGAAUUUCUCCCCGUCGUCAAAUUCCGCGACGUAGCCGGAGACCCGCCGGAGAGCUGCGCCGUUUGUCUGUACGAGUUCGAGGUGGAGGACGAGAUCAGGUGCUUGACGAAUUGCAAGCACAUUUUUCACCGGGCGUGUUUGGACCGUUGGAUGGACCACGACCAGAAGACCUGUCCGCUUUGUAGGAUGGCCUUCGUGCCCGAUGAGAUGAGCGACGAGUUUAAUCAACGGCUCUGGGCCGCCUCCGAGAUUCACCAAGAUUAUUACAGUGAGUACAGUUCGGUUUGAGGAAGCUGGAAUUGUGUUUUUUUGUUUUUAUACUUUUUAAUUGGUGAAAUUUCACCAUGUAAUGUAUAUACACAUGAAAAUUUGGUGCCAAAUAAAUAAAAUUUGAUGCCAAAUUUGAAGAAGAAAAAGAAAAACAGGGAAAGGAGAGAAAAUUUUGGAUAAUUUCUUUCUUUUGUGUUUAUAUAUUUUGAUAUUGGAAAUACAAAUGCUACAUGAUUCUCCA